UUGAAGCCCCUUAUCUGCCUUCAGUCUGAAGGCAGGGCCCCGCGGAGGACGGAUCGGAGGGUCCCGGCCGGCGGGGCCAACCGAGAGGGAGAGGAGGGGGCGAGACACAGGAAGGAGGCCAACCAUCGAAUUUUAAAGAAAAAGCCCUUUGACUUUUCCCCCCUCUCCCUCCUCAAUGGCUGUGUAGCAAACAUCCCCGACGAUACCUGGGAAGGGACGAAGUUGGUCUGCAAUCGCAAUUUCGAGGGCUGAGUUCACGGUUGAGUGCGGGGCUCGGAGAUGGAGCGGUGGUCCUCUAGGUGGAAAACGAAACGGUGGCUCUGGAAUUUCACCAUAACAACCCUCGCACUGACUUUCCUCUUCCAGGCUAGUGAGGUCAGAGGAGCUGCUCCAGUCGAUGUACUAAAAGCUCUAGAUUUUCACAAUUCUCCAGAGGGAAUAUCAAAAACAACGGGCUUUUGCACAAACAGAAAGAAUUCAAAAGGUUCGGAUACUGCUUACAGAGUUUCAAAGCAAGCACAGCUCAGUGCUCCAACAAAACAAUUAUUUUCAGGAGGAACUUUUCCAGAAGAUUUUUCAAUAUUAUUUACAAUAAAACCCAAAAAAGGAAUUCAGUCUUUCCUUUUAUCUAUAUAUAAUGAGCAUGGUAUUCAGCAAGUCGGUGUUGAGGUUGGGAGAUCACCUGUUUUCCUGUUUGAAGACCACACUGGAAAACCUGCCCCUGAAGACUAUCCCCUCUUCAGAACCGUUAACAUCGCUGACGGGAAGUGGCAUCGGGUUGCAAUUAGCGUGGAGAAGAAGACUGUGACAAUGAUUGUUGAUUGUAAGAAGAAAACCACAAAACCACUUGAUAGAAGUGAGAGAGCAAUUGUUGACACCAAUGGAAUCACGGUUUUUGGAACCAGGAUUUUGGAUGAAGAAGUUUUUGAGGGGGACAUCCAGCAGCUGUUGAUCAUAGGUGACCCUAAAGCAGCAUAUGACUACUGUGAGCAUUACAGUCCAGACUGUGACUCUUCAGUACCCCAGGCCGCUCAGGCUCAGGAACCUCAGGUUGAUGAGUAUGCACCUGAGGAUAUUCUGGAAUAUGACUAUGAGUAUGGGGAACCAGAGUAUAAAGAGGCUGAAUUUGUAACAGAGACACCCACUGUAGCUGAGGAGACAAUAGCACAAACUGAGAAAAAGAAAUCCAAUUUCAAAAAGAAGACGAGGACAGUGGCCACUAACUCAAAGGAAAAGUCCAAAAAGUUUACACCCCCUAAAUCUGAAAAAUUUGCAUCCAAGAAGAAGAAAAGUUAUCAAGCAACAGCAAAAGCCAAACUAGGGGUAAAGGCAAAUAUUGUUGAUGAUUUUCAAGAAUACAACUAUGGAACAGAGGAAAGUUACCAGACAGAAGCUCCUAGGCAUGUAUCUGGAACAAAUGAGCCAAAUCCAGUUGAAGAAGUAUUUACUGAAGAAUAUCUAACUGGAGAGGAUUAUGAUUCCCAGAGGAAAAAUUCCGAGGAUACACUAUAUGAAAACAAAGGAAUAGACGGCAGGGACUCUGACCUCCUGGUAGAUGGAGAUUUAGGCGAAUAUGAUUUUUAUGAAUAUAAAGAAUAUGAAGAUAAACCAACAAGCCCCACUAAUGAAGAAUUUGGUCCAGGUGUUCCAGCAGAAACAGAUAUCACAGAAACAAGCAUAAAUGGCCACGGUGCAUAUGGAGAGAAAGGACAGAAAGGAGAACCAGCAGUAGUUGAACCUGGUAUGCUUAUUGAAGGACCACCAGGGCCUGCAGGACCUGCGGGUCUUAUGGGUCCCCCAGGUCUACAAGGCCCCACUGGACCCCCUGGUGACCCUGGAGAGAGGGGCCCCCCAGGACGUCCUGGCUUACCAGGGGCUGAUGGUCUACCUGGUCCUCCUGGGACCAUGUUAAUGUUACCGUUUCGUUAUGGUGGCGAUGGUUCCAAAGGACCAACCAUCUCUGCUCAGGAAGCUCAGGCACAGGCGAUUCUUCAGCAGGCUCGGAUUGCUCUGAGAGGUCCACCUGGCCCAAUGGGUCUAACUGGAAGACCGGGUCCUGUGGGGGGGCCUGGUUCAUCUGGUGCCAAAGGUGAGAGUGGUGACCCAGGUCCUCAGGGCCCUCGUGGUGUUCAAGGUCCACCUGGUCCAACGGGAAAACCUGGAAAAAGGGGUCGUCCGGGUGCUGAUGGAGGAAGAGGCAUGCCCGGAGAACCUGGGGCGAAGGGUGAUCGAGGAUUUGAUGGACUUCCGGGUCUGCCAGGUGACAAAGGUCACAGGGGUGAACGGGGUCCGCAAGGUCCUCCUGGUCCCCCUGGAGAAGAUGGAAUGAGGGGAGAAGAUGGAGAAAUUGGACCUAGGGGUCUUCCAGGUGAAGCUGGUCCUCGAGGUUUGCUGGGACCAAGGGGGACUCCAGGACCUACAGGGCAGCCUGGUAUUGCAGGUGUAGACGGCCCCCCAGGACCAAAAGGAAACAUGGGUCCCCAAGGGGAGCCUGGACCUCCAGGUCAGCAAGGGAAUCCAGGACCUCAGGGUCUUCCUGGUCCACAAGGUCCAAUUGGUCCUCCUGGUGAAAAAGGACCACAAGGAAAACCAGGACUUGCAGGACUUCCUGGUGCUGAUGGGCCUCCUGGUCAUCCUGGAAAAGAAGGCCAGUCUGGAGAAAAAGGUGCUCUGGGUCCUCCUGGUCCACAGGGUCCUAUUGGUUACCCUGGCCCCCGAGGAGUAAAGGGAGCAGAUGGUGUCAGAGGCCUCAAGGGCUCUAAAGGUGAAAAGGGUGAAGAUGGUUUUCCAGGAUUCAAAGGUGACAUGGGUCUUAAAGGUGACAGAGGAGAAGUUGGUCAAGUAGGUCCAAGAGGAGAAGAUGGCCCUGAAGGACCCAAGGGUCGAGCAGGUCCAACUGGAGACCCCGGUCCUUCUGGGCAAGCAGGAGAGAAGGGGAAACUUGGUGUUCCAGGAUUACCAGGAUAUCCAGGAAGACAAGGUCCAAAGGGUUCCACUGGAUUUCCUGGGUUUCCAGGUGCCAAUGGAGAGAAAGGUGCACGGGGUGUAGCUGGCAAACCAGGACCUCGGGGUCAACGUGGCCCAACGGGUCCUCGAGGUUCAAGAGGUGCGAGAGGUCCCACGGGGAAACCUGGUCCAAAGGGUACUUCAGGUGGUGAUGGCCCUCCUGGCCCUCCUGGUGAAAGAGGCCCUCAAGGACCUCAGGGUCCAGUUGGAUUCCCUGGACCUAAAGGUCCUCCUGGACCACCUGGGAAGGAUGGCCUGCCAGGACACCCUGGACAACGUGGAGAGACUGGAUUUCAAGGCAAGACUGGCCCUCCGGGACCAGGGGGUGUCGUUGGACCACAGGGACCAACGGGUGAGACUGGCCCAAUAGGUGAACGAGGACAUCCUGGCCCUCCAGGCCCUCCUGGUGAGCAAGGUCUUCCUGGUGCUGCAGGAAAAGAAGGUGCAAAGGGUGACCCCGGUCCUCAAGGUAUCUCAGGGAAAGACGGACCAGCAGGACUGCGUGGUUUCCCAGGUGAAAGAGGUCUUCCUGGAGCUCAGGGUGCACCUGGACUGAAAGGAGGGGAAGGUCCCCAGGGCCCACCAGGGCCAGUUGGCUCACCAGGAGAACGCGGAUCAGCGGGUACAGCUGGCCCAAUUGGAUUGCCAGGGCGUCCAGGACCCCAGGGUCCUCCUGGUCCAGCUGGAGAGAAAGGUGCUCCUGGAGAAAAAGGUCCCCAAGGCCCUGCAGGGAGAGAUGGAGUCCAAGGCCCUGUGGGUCUCCCAGGGCCUGCUGGGCCUGCAGGCUCGCCUGGAGAAGAUGGAGACAAGGGCGAAAUUGGUGAACCAGGACAGAAAGGCAGCAAGGGUGACAAAGGAGAAAACGGUCCUCCUGGACCUCCAGGUCUUCAAGGUCCUGUUGGUGCCCCUGGAAUUGCUGGGGGUGAUGGUGAGCCAGGUCCCCGAGGUCAGCAGGGGAUGUUUGGACAAAAGGGUGAUGAGGGUGCAAGAGGUUUCCCAGGACCUCCUGGUCCCAUAGGUCUUCAGGGUCUGCCAGGCCCACCUGGUGAAAAAGGUGAAAAUGGGGAUGUUGGUCCCAUGGGUCCACCUGGUCCUCCAGGCCCAAGAGGCCCUCAAGGUCCCAAUGGAGCUGAUGGACCACAAGGACCCCCAGGAUCCAUUGGUUCAGUUGGUGGUGUUGGAGAAAAGGGUGAGCCUGGAGAAGCAGGAAACCCAGGGCCCCCUGGGGAAGCAGGCACAGGCGGCCCCAAAGGAGAAAGAGGAGAGAAAGGAGAAGCUGGUGCACCUGGUGCUGCUGGACCUCCUGGUGCUAAGGGACCACCAGGUGACGAUGGCCCUAAAGGUAACCCGGGUCCUGUUGGUUUUCCCGGAGAUCCUGGUCCUCCUGGAGAACCUGGCCCUGCAGGUCAAGAUGGUGUUGGUGGUGACAAGGGUGAAGACGGAGAUCCUGGUCAACCGGGUCCACCUGGCCCAUCUGGUGAGGCUGGCCCACCAGGUCCUCCUGGAAAAAGAGGCCCUCCUGGAGCAGCAGGUGCAGAGGGAAGACAAGGAGAAAAAGGCGCCAAGGGAGAAGCAGGUGCUGAAGGCCCACCUGGAAAAACUGGCCCAGUUGGUCCUCAGGGACCUGCUGGAAAGCCUGGUCCAGAGGGUCUUCGGGGCAUCCCUGGCCCUGUGGGAGAGCAAGGUCUGCCUGGAGCUGCAGGUCAAGAUGGGCCUCCUGGUCCUAUGGGACCUCCUGGCUUACCUGGUCUCAAAGGUGACCCCGGUUCCAAGGGUGAGAAGGGACAUCCUGGUUUAAUUGGCCUGAUUGGUCCUCCAGGAGAACAAGGUGAAAAGGGUGACAGAGGACUCCCUGGAACUCAAGGAUCUCCAGGAGCAAAGGGGGAUGGAGGGAUUCCAGGUCCUGCUGGUCCCAUAGGUCCCCCUGGUCCUCCAGGCUUACCCGGUCCUCAAGGUCCAAAGGGUACCAAAGGCUCUACCGGACCUGCUGGCCAGAAGGGCGACAGUGGUCUUCCAGGGCCUCCUGGGCCCCCGGGUCCACCUGGAGAAGUCAUUCAGCCUUUACCAAUCUUGUCACCCAAAAAAACAAGAAGACAUGCUGAAAACAUGCAAGCAGAUGCAGGUGAAAAUAUUCUUGACUACUCAGAUGGAAUGGAGGAAAUAUUUGGUUCCCUCAACUCCCUGAAACAAGACAUCGAACAUAUGAAGUUUCCCAUGGGUACGCAGACUAACCCAGCUCGAACGUGCAAAGACCUGCAACUCAGCCAUCCUGACUUCCCAGAUGGUGAAUACUGGAUUGAUCCCAACCAAGGUUGCUCAGGAGAUUCCUUCAAAGUUUACUGUAAUUUCACGUCUGGUGGCGAGACUUGCAUUUAUCCAGACAAAAAAUCUGAGGGAGUAAGAAUAUCAUCGUGGCCAAAGGAGAAACCAGGAAGCUGGUUUAGUGAAUUUAAGAGAGGAAAACUGCUUUCCUAUUUAGAUGUUGAAGGAAAUUCCAUUAAUAUGGUGCAAAUGACAUUCCUGAAACUGCUGACUGCCUCUGCUCGGCAAAAUUUCACCUACACCUGUCAUCAGUCAGCAGCCUGGUAUGAUGUGUCAUCAGGAAGUUAUGACAAAGCACUGCGGUUCUUGGGAUCCAAUGAUGAGGAGAUGUCCUAUGACAACAACCCUUUCAUCAAAGCACUAUAUGAUGGCUGUGCGUCCAGAAAAGGCUAUGAAAAAACUGUGAUUGAAAUCAAUACACCGAAAAUUGAUCAAGUACCUAUCGUUGAUGUAAUGAUCAAUGACUUUGGUGAUCAGAAUCAGAAAUUUGGAUUUGAAGUUGGUCCUGUUUGUUUUCUUGGCUAAGAUUAGGACAAAGAACAUCUGAAAUCAACAGAAAAAAUAUCUUGGUGCCACCAAGCCAUUUUAUGCCACAUGCAAGUUUUGAAUAAGGAUGGUAUAGAAAACAACUUGCUGAGUAUAUACGUACCGAUUAGAAAUCCCGAUGCCCUUGUGGGGGCAGAAUCACAUGACAAAAGCUUCGAAAAUCAUAAAAUGUAAGAUAGUGUGGCUGAGAUGGAAACAGGCCUUAUUCUUGAUUCCCAAUUUUCAUCUCUCCCUUUCCUAUUUGGAUUUCUUUGGUGCUGUAGGAAAAAAAAAACAGAACAAUAUAUAUUCAUAAAAGAUAUGGUGCUCAUUCCCAUCCAUCAAGGAUGUGCUAAAAGUAUG